AUAAAAUUUAUAACUUGAUGGUACUGAAUGAAGAAACAAAUAAAAAUAUGAAAGGCUAUUGGGAGUCUGGUUAUAGUGACAAUGAUCCGAAUGGCGAUAAACAUUCAAACUCAGUAUAUGAAGUUAUAGCUCAUGGGAAUUUCAGAAGUGCUCUGGUUGAUGACUGGUUUCUGGAGCCACCACAUGAGGUUGCCCUUUUGCUGUUUAAUGGUGUUGGCGAUUUACAUUUUUGGAUGAUUUUUAAUACAGUAAAUUCAUCAGAAGUGUUUGAGUCCUGGAUGACACCGGAGAGACUUAUUGCUACUUCUUCUCCUGUCAUGUCAUCCAGUCACACCAGUAUAAAAUGGAAUACUCCUGGUUACCAGUUUGUCCUGUGUCCUGUGUUACCGACGCCUCCAUGCUGGUUUGCGGUCACUGAUAGAAAUAUAAGAAACAAUAGCAAUAGUUUACGUCCCUACUUUGUUAUUCCAAUGAAUUCGUCAGAUUCGUUCGCUGUUUUAUCAGAGAACCAAAAUGCUGGACCAUAUCAAACUGUUUUGAUUAAAUCAUUUCAAUAUUCCGGAGUGAGGACUGUUGAGAUUGAUUUGGUUUUAGACUUUGGUCCCGAUCCUGUCUAUAUCAGCGAAAUAGAAGUAACAAACAUAGCAACAAUUUUAUCAGCAAAAGAAGACUUUACAUUAGAAUACAGUAUUGACGAUUGUUCACUACAGAAUAGAGUUGAAUAUCGUAACUUAAUAUAUAGGAACGUAACGAUUUUUAAAACAAGUGUUAUAAAUAGGAUAGAAACGUUACUCGUUAGAUGUCUUUGGAUAACGUUCGAAAGAAAAAUGUGGAGUUUAACUGUAAACAUAUUCUCUCCGAGUCCAGAAGACGAUUUUCUGACCUUUCCUAUUGUAUUAAUCCGAGGAUUUUGGUACACAGAUUAUUUAAUGUCCGGUACAUCACAAGCUGUAAAUAACCUCUUGAAAACUUUAGGCGAUACUACGGGUGCAUCAGCUACAGAAUCAGAUAUAGCAACAUUAACAACCGUUGAAUUCACAACAGCCACGAAGAUAACUCAAAACAUUCAACAUAUCACUAGUGUAGCGAUCACCGAAAACACGUCACCGGAAGUCAAUUAUGGACUCGCAUCUCUAGAAGAAACGACACAUUCAUUACUGAAUGGUAACCUGGUGACGUCAAGCUCUUCUUUGGCAUGCUUAUGUUCUUGCGUCGCUGGAAUGAAUAUCGACUUGGAAACUAGGUUAAAGGAACUCAAAUUAGCUAUAGCCGUUAAUAAAACAGCUCUGUCGUCUUAUCGGAGAAGAUUGGUCAGUGCAGACGAUAAUAGCCGAACAGCUUCUUAUCUUGGUUAUUUUGCAGGCACGAUUUUAAGUUUGGUGCUCCUUUUUAUUUUGCUCAUUGAUAUGUCAUCCUUUGCCAAACAUAUUAAAUGUAUUCAGCGUCAAUCUAAAAGGAUGAAAUAAA